AUGGUUCUGCUGGGGACGAAUGCUUCAGAAAACAGUCGAGUGGGAAACUUCCUGUUAGGAAGAGCAGCGUUUGAGACUGAAGAACCUCCAGAUGUUGUAGAGAGAGUUGGAGGAAAACUAGAGGACAAACACAUGACAUUCAUUAAUGCUCCUCACCUGCUCCAGCCAAACAUCUCACUCCAUCAGAUCACGCAGAGAGUGAAAGAGUGUGUGUAUCUGUCUGCUCCAGGACCUCAUGUGUUCAUACUCAUACUGCAGUAUAAUAACUUCAGUGAGGAGGACAGAUACAGAGUGAAAACUGUGCUAAACUGCUUCAGUGAUCAGGCCAUGAAACGCACCAUUCUGCUGACUACUAAUAGAGGGACACAGGGAUCUGUGAAAGAGAAUGAUUUUAUUCACCAGUUAAUAAAGGACUGUGGUGGAGGACAUCUUAAGUUUGAAAGAAACCACUCUGAUAAAAAUCACUCUGAGAUCUUCAAAAGAGUAGAAAAGAUUAUCAAGGAAGUACAUGAACAUGUCAUAUGUGAACUACACAAGGAAACAGAAGGAACAUCAGUGGACGAAGAGCCGAGCAGAUUUGGGGGUUCAGUCAGAACAGAUGAGGAAGAGGACGAGAAUUCUGCUCACAAAGAGGAUGGAAAUAUCAAAGAAAGCAAUAAAGUGAAAAAGCAAAGAGGCAGUGGUUUUCAAAGAGAACAGAUAAAGGAAAGCUUGGGUUCAAAAGACAACAUAGAUGAUGUGAGGAUUGUGCUGCUGGGGAAAAACAGAGUUGGGAAGAGUGCAACAGGAAACACCAUCAUAGGAAGAGAAGUUUUUAAAGCAGACACAUCUCAGGAGUCCAUCACUAAAGAGAGUCAGAGAGAAACCGCUGAAAUCAAUGGCAGACAAAUCACUGUGAUUGAUACUCCAGGACUGUUUGAUACUGAACUCAGUCGUGAGAUCCAGAGAGAAAUCACUAACUGCAUCUCAAUGAUACUGCCUGGACCUCAUGUGUUCAUUAUUGUGUUGAAUAUAGGACAACGUUUCACUCAAGAUGAGGCGAAAUCAGUGAAGAUCAUUCAGGAGAUGUUUGGUGAAAACUCUUUAAUGUACACCAUGAUACUCUUCACCAGAGGAGAUGACCUGCAGGAUAAAACCAUUGAAGCGUGUUUGGGAAAACCUGGAACUCCUUUGAUGAACCUGAUUGAAGAGUGUGGAAACAGAUUCCAUGUGUUCAAUAAUAAUGAGACUAGAGAUCGCACACAGGUUUCUGAUCUACUGGAGAAAAUAGAUGCCAUGGUGACAGCAAACGGAGGCAGUUACUACUCAUGUAAGAUGUUCAGACAGAUGGAGAGAGAUCUACAAGAAAAACUAAUUAACAUACUGAUGGAGAGAGUCGAGACACUAAACAGAGAGAAGGAACUCUUGACCAAACAAGAAGAAGAGAUGGAAAGAGAAUAUAAGAGAUUUAAAAUUAAAAUGGAGGAAAUGAGACAAGAAAGAGAGAAGGAAAAAGAAAAUCUUCAGAUCAAAUUUGACACAGAAAUAGACAAACUGAUGAACAGAAUAGAGAAUGAAAGACAGAAUCUCAAGGAAGAGAUGAAGGGAAGAGAAGAAGAAUUCAAAUCAAGAACAGGACAAAUGAUCCCUGUCAACAUCCAUGAUACUCAUGCUGACUGUCUCACAAACAGAAGAAUUGUUCUCCUGGGUAAAAAUGGUGUCGGAAGGAGUGCAGUUGGAAACACAAUACUGGGACAGAAAGUGUUUGAAUCUGACAGAGGCAUAUAUUCAGUAACUAUGAAAUGCUCAGAAAAUCAAGCCAAUGUUUCAGGCAGGAGUGUGUCUGUAAUUGAUACACCUGGAUUCUUUGAUACAGACAUGAAUCCUGAUAAGUUAGUGAACGAGAUAGCGAGAAGUGUUUAUUUAUCCAGUCCUGGACCGCACACUUUUCUCAUUGUGUUUUCUGUCAAUAUGAGGUUCACUGAGCAGGAACAACAGAUCGCUGAGCAGAUUGAGAUGCUGUUUGGAGAGGAAGUGUUAAAAUACUCCAUCAUUCUCUUCACUCAUGGAGAUCGGUUAGAAGAUGAGUCCAUAGAGAAACUCAUUGAGGAGAACAGUAAAUUAAGAUCUGUAGUUGAUCAGUGUGGAGGCAGAUAUCAUGUGUUUAAUAAUAAAGAUCAGAAUAACAGAGAUCAGGUGACUGAACUACUGCAGAAGAUUGACACAAUGAUAGAUCAGAAUGGAGGAGGACAUUACACUAAUCAGAUGUAUCAAGAUGCUCUGAGAUUUAAACAAGAGGAGGAAGAGAGGAGACAGAGAGAGGAAGAGGAGAGAAGACAACAGGAGGAGAAACAAAUACAAGAAGAGAAUGCGAGAGUGAUAGAUGUGAUAGUGAAAAGACUCAGAGCCGAGGCAGAUGCUCUAGAGCAAUCUGAAAGAUUUAGCAAAAGAAAGAAAGAAAACAACAAAACAGACAAUGAAACUAAUCAGUGCUCAAUUCAUUAA